UCAGUAGGCCAUGGUAUUUUCCUUUCCGUCGCCAUUUUGAUUUUGCAGUCGUCGGUGUGUAUUGUUUACAAAAAGUAAACAAUAGUUUUAAUUUGUUUCCAGUUAUCUACGUGCCUUCCCUGGAAGAUUAGGGUCUUAUUUUAAAUGUCUGAAGAGAGCACGAAAAAAACUGCUGUCCAACGAAAAAGAGAAUGCGGUGUUUAUCAGCAACUUAACGACAAUCAUUCGAAAAAAAGGCGAAUUCAUUCAGAUAAACGCUCUACAAGAUCCAUGAGGAUUAGUGGAAUAAGGGACAGGGGCAGGUGGCUGACUGAAGAUAGUAAUGCCCAAGUCAUUAUAUUUAUAAAAAUACCCAACGUAAAGGAACCAACCUUUCACACCUUUGUGUCAGGGACCGAAGUAGCUGCCCUCCUUGCCACAGAGAAAGGGCAAUCAUUUAGAAGAAAAUUCAAGGGGGAUUUUGAAGAAACUGAAGGGUUCUGUGACAGCCAGGGAAAUGGUGAAAGAUCAAGCACGAACAAUUCUUUACCAGUCAAUGCAGCGGGAUCUGUAGGCCUAUCCACCAGUUCAACAGAUGGCAGUUUUCGCACUGCGAGCAGGACUAAUGCUCCAGGUCCGUCGAUCCAAUCAACAACAAAUCCUGCUGUGGAGGACAGUGUGAAUGCCGGCCGUAAACGGGCCGAGAGCACACGUACAAGAGACACUGCCUUAGCUUUACAAACUGCCCCAACUCUACCCACUGCCCGUUCGAACAUUGACAUCGAGCAAGUUGGUGUUCCAUUUAAAUGUCAAAAGAACCAAAUCAUCAGUACCCUUGAAGGAAAUCUUGUGAAACUUAAUAACGGAAAAUUAAUUCGAGUCAUGACAGCCUGUUAAGCUAAAUUAUCCUUUUGUGGUUAGAGCAGCACUGCUUAGAAUUGGAUCAAGAACAAUUGGCUCUAUCUCUCGAAGACAGUAAACAGUAAAGUGAUAUUUAGACAUGUGAUCCACUUACAUUUGAUUUUAAUAUUGAACACGUGUAUUGAAGAAAUGGCCAGCUCUAAUGAUAUGAAUAAUGAAUAAACAAUAAAUUUGAUAGCAUA